AUGGCUUUGUCCAUGUUGCCAUCCUUGAAUCCAUCAAAGAAUUCGUUCACUGCUCAACACAUGAAAUCCCUCUCCAAAUGUUUCAAGAAAUAUGGGCUUCGAUAUGAUGACCUCUAUGACCCAAUGUAUGAUCUAGACAUCAGGAAAGCUAUGGCUCGCCUUCCUUGUGAGACCGUUGACGCGACGAACCAACGUCUCAAGGAUGCCGUGGAUCUCUUGGUGAAGCACAAGUACCUUCCCGACGAUUUGCAGGCAAUGAAGACAUCAUUUAGGAAAUACCUUCAGGAUGUUGGCUCUUGUAAAGAAGGUAAGGGCAUAAGGAAAACAUUGGGAGCUGAUGUAGUGCGAUCCAGCUGCUCUCACGUGUCUGAUGAUUCGGACGUUGAUUUGGAUGCUUGUCUUGUUAGUGACCGAGUUGCGCUAGGCCGAGCUAAGGAUGGCCAAGCUGUUGUUCUGCAAGAGAGGUAG